UUCCAAACUAGCUGUUUAAUGCUGCGAGGAAUAAGAGUGAUAAGGUGCGGGUGGUUGAAUCUCCACUGUGCAGUGUCUCUCAGAGAGAUGGAGAAGUUAAUCUCUCCAAGAAACAUCAACCCAUUUCCUUACAUCUCUGGCUAUGGCUCCCAAACAGUCAAUUUGCUUUCCAAGACCUUCAACUUCAGAAAAUUUCCUCAGAAGCCCUUCCAAUUCUCUCUGGGCACCAGAAGAAGCUUCAGUUUGGGCUCAAGAAAUGCACAAUGUGGCACAUUUUGCCUCCUACAAGUUGAGGGCCCUUCAGGUAUUGAACUCUCCGGGGCAGAUGCAACCAUUUCAGGCGAGCCCUUCACUGCCAAUGGUGCAGCCAACCUUUUAGCCAUCAGUGCACAAGACAUGCGACGCAUAGUGCUUGUAGACUUGGACCCUUCAACAGCAAAGUUAGCCAUCGGUUUUCUGGGGCCUUUUCUUUCAGCAUUCGGUUUUCUGUUCAUUCUAAGAAUAGUGAUGUCCUGGUACCCAAUCCUCCCCGUUGAGAAGUUCCCAUAUGUGAUAGCAUAUGCACCCACAGAACCGCUGUUAGCCCAGACGCGCAAACUGAUCCCGCCAGUGGGGGGGGUGGAUGUAACGCCAGUGGUCUGGUUUGGACUAAUCAGUUUCCUGAAUGAGAUAUUGGUCGGACCACAAGGCCUGCUUGUCCUCCUAUCUCAACAGGUUUAGCUACAAAAGCCACAGUUAGUUUUUCACAAGGCGAAGGAGUAGAGGAAGCUAUUGAACUAAGCAAAGCAUUUUAUUAUCAUUGCAUCCAUUACAACUAUC